GUUCAUUACAUCUCUCUUAUUUUUUGAUCCACUAGUCCAUUCCUUCAACCGUUCCAAAGCUUAGUAGCUCCACAUCAAUCUAUCCAUGUCACGUAAGGGGUCUUCUAACUCAAAGUUUGGUCAUCUUUUUGGUGACACUGUUGAAAGCUCUUCUACAUCUGGUAGCCACAGUCGCCUUUCGAAUUCAGGUGAUCUCUACCGUGAUCCACUUGCUGCUCUAUUACCACCUGUCACUGCUACCACCACCACUACCCGCAGCGGAACCGCCAAGGCAACGCUCUCACCCCCUCAUACCUCUACUACGACAAUCGCAACAUCUACUUCAUCCUCAGUGCGUAGUUCUCCUCCUAGCUCAGGUAACAACUCCCGCAGUUCUUCGCGUCUUCAGCAACAUGCACUCUUCUCAUCUCUAACAGGUGGUGACUCCUCCGGAAGUGGACCGCCUUCCAUGUUUGACUCGGUGACGGUCCCAGCCUCGUCCACAUUAUCGGUUGCAAAACGGGAUUUACUGUUUGGUGGAGGCAGUUCUACAGGCAGUUCUUCAUCCUCCAGGAGGACAUCCACACCCCCAUUACCUAAAAGUAAUCUCAUAGGAUCUAUACGCCAGUCAACCCCUCCUCUUGGCAGUGUGCGUACGACGGUAACGGUAACAACUCUCGAUGCUGAAGCAUCUCCCUUAGGAUCACUUCUGAAUGGUAGUGGGGAUGAUGUCAAAAGGGAGGCGGAGGAUGAUGUAUUAUCGAUCAAGUCUCCUUUAUCAGCCAUUGCUACAUCCAAUUCCUUAACACGUACUAAUAGCCAGGCUAGCACUAAAAGCCAUGAAAGUAUCAAGAGUAGCCGUAGUAUUCAGAGUCAGGAGCUAUUGGAGGACUCAAAACUAACUACUACAAAGGUUGCAAAUACAAAGCCAAGUACUUUAUCAGGAUCAGGUGCGUCCGCAAUACGUUCCAUUCAAGCCAAGAAGACAAACCUGGAUCAACAGCAGCAACCACAACCAGCUUCUGUCGACUCAAUCCUCAAUCUUCUUACACAGCCUUCGGGUUCUGCGCCUUCGCCGGCGACGUCACAGUCGAUUGAAACUUUCCAAUCCAUCUCACGGGCAACAUCACCGGCGGCAAGUAGCAGCGCUAUAACGACUAUCCUACCCCCACCCCUUAGCAAAAGUGGGUUCGAGCGUGAGAACGAUAGCAAUUCAUCCUCGCCUCUUUCUAAAUCUGGAGUUCUAGUGAAUGUAGCAAUUAAAGACGAUGCAGCUGAGGCGUUCUCGAAGGAUCUUUUUUUCACAUCAGGACCAUCUUCUUCUCUCCUUAACGCAACUACAAACAUCCAGUCCUCAAGCUUCUUAGAUACUGGAUUCAGCAGCUUGAGGGCUGUAUCUUCGAGCUCAUCACCAACAGGGGCUGCUAUAGCGGCGGAUGCUACGUCAAGUCCUGGUGCAGGCACUAUGCACCAACCCAAGUCGCUAUCUGGAUUCUCUUUGGGCGAGGAUGUGUCAGAUGGCCCCAAUCCAUGGAUGAACUCGCUUCUGGACUCACCAGAGCAUGCGAGACCCGUGGGCAAUGCAAAUGCAGGAAUUAAUUAUACUCAAUCGGAUGCCAUGAUCAGUGGCACUAAUAGCUUCUUACCCGAGACCGCAUUUGUGCUCACUGCUAAAAAUACUCUUGUGACGGCAACAGCAACACCAUGUAUUCCUUCUUUGGAGGAAGACAUUGGUGGGUUUGAUGAGUUUGCAUCUUUACAACUCGGCAGUAGUGCAACAGCAAACGCAACGUCGCUCAGUACUAAUUCACAUUUGAAAACGACAGCGCUUCCUCCUUUAAUAAAAUCUACGACGAUGUCUACAAGCACUGUAACAAGUAAUUGGAACAUUUUGGAUGCUGUAGAAGCUGCAUCACUGGACCCCGACUUUUUGGGAGCAGCCUCAUUACUGAAUCAGAGUAACGCAAAGGUUAUGGAGAUCAUGCAAAUGCCUAAAGAAUCACUUGAAAAGGAUAUUUCAGCACAAGAGGUCUUUGACAAUCCUUGGGAAUAAUAACAGACAGCAUAAACUCUUAAUAAAUAUGUUACUAAGUAC